AUGCCGCCGCUUCUCCUCCGCAGUCGCGACAGUUCUUCGAAGUGCAGUCAAAACCUUGUGGCGCACGAACGCAAGCUGGAAGACAAGGGCGUGGUCGUCGACGCAUCAAGUAAUGCAAGGAUAAACCAAGCUGCACGUCAAGGAACUGAUGUUGAUCUUGUGCAACGCGCCAGUAGAAGGAAUGCAAACGCGCUCAACACUAGCCGUCGGGAUGGACAAACUAUGAUCGCGCAACUCAAGAAUGAUCUUCGUGGCCCUCCCCGCUGCUCUGGCUGGUCGUGGCCGAUAUUAAGUACAAUGAAAGAUGCCCCCACCCCAGAACUUGGGAGCAUUUGCGUUGCAAACCUUAUUUCCAAUUGAAACACUCGCCCUCUUGCGUGUAUCAGCAUCACAGAUUUUCAAUCGUGAAUAGCAAAAAUUUGCAUUGCAAAAGAUCCCAGCAAGAGCGGCGCUUGUCAUGCAAGCGAUGCUGUAUACGACUAGACUCUGCAUCACAAAGAUUCAUAGUGCUUUCAUGCAAGACAAAAAGUUUUCAUUUUGAAACUUCUUCCCAUCACAAAUUAUUGCAACUUUCGGGGUGGGAGCGUUUUUCACUGUAAUAGCCGACCCGUUUUAUUCGCAUGUCUUGCGGAAAACGUUUGAAGAGCGGAAUGCGUGGAAGCUACAUAGAAGAUGCAGAACACGCUGAUGGACGCCACCACCAGCAGCAGACCUCUAUCCUUGGCGGAGCGAGUGAGUCGACAGACGCGCUACAGGUUUUACAGCACACACUGCGAUGGAUGCAGGAAUACUGCCGGUGCGAAGCAGUGCAAUACCAAGGUCUUCGCCUUUUCAACGCACUUGUGGACGCCCUCGGUGUGAGACUUGUAGCUCCGCAAAACGCAUAUCACGAACCCGGGUCUCGGGACGCCAUCAUAGGAGCUUGUUCAUGUGAUGAUUACGCGGUUGAUCAUGCACCAGAAACGAAGCGAUGCGCGAUUUUGGAGUCGCAACACAGAAGAGAACUUCUUGAGGCACUUCACGCGCAGGGGUGGGUCGACCACAUGCGAGACGCCAUCCCUCUCGUGCUCGAAGAUAAUUGUUUCGACAGGCUGGAAGACUCGGACUGCGUUAGUGAUUUUUACGAAGGUCGUGUCGUAAAUAGUAACUCCGCCUCGGUCCGCCACACAAGCAGCACCACCGAUGCAAAGCCAAAGCAUGCAGCAGGAAUGGUUCCAACGAGGAGGCGCGGCGAAGAUGCUGGGGAAGCAAGACGGAUUGGAGGAGCCACCUGCAAACAAAAAAAGACAUCAACAAGAGCGAUGCUUCUCGCGGAGGUCGUCGCAGCACUUUCACUAUUUGCUUCGGAAGAGCAUCUUGCAUAUCGAAUGCUGUUCUUUCGCGAGGAUAAUUGGGGUCAACAACAAUCGCAGAACCUGCACAGACUCACCAGUCAUACAGCAACAGGAACAGCACAGCAUUCGGCGGACGGCAAUAAAGAUUGGCUACGACAGACGGUGUGCUGUGCGCUUCGCUCGGCAGCCCAUGACUCAAGGUUAUUGACAUGCGUCACAGACCUAUUUCUGAACCUUAGUGAUCUUCUGCCGCACCUCCACACAUCAACCGUCCGUCACCAAGAAGCGCUGUUUUCUCCAGAAGCUGUCGCCUGUCUAGGUUUCUUGUUCUACCGCGAUCUGCAUUCUCGCCUCUCGCAAUCGGGUUCAGUUCAUCUGUCGUCUGUCCUACAGCCUAUGAGACUGCACAACUCCCCCUGCAGCUCCCCGACCUGAUUUGUCAUGUAAAAAGCCAAGUCCAGCCUUUCCCUCUCCCUCUUCCUCUCGGCACUAUUUGCAUGACGGAUUCCGCCAGCGGCAGCGCAAACGAUACUACAAGAAUCCUGUGUGAAAUUAUUGUCCUACAUGCAUUCUUCUUUUUGCCGACACUGCUGAUGCUAUUCAUGCAUUUUUACCAAUGAGGAGAAGGGUGCGUUGAGCACUUUCAUACAGGACGAGACGUCGACAGGGGCAAAUGGAGAGACUGGCACCGGGACAACGACCUCUGCGACCAGAGAAAUCGGAAGAUUUCCUCUGCCCUCUGCAGGCGCGUUUGACAUCACAGCCCGUCAUCUAGAACGCGCCGCACUAAUGCUGGAGUGUGUUUCCAGGGUGAUCACGCAGUUUUUCAAAAUCUCAGGACAGAAAAUUCAUCUGCAGGAAGCGGUGCGCGCGAAUUCAGCCGGUUUUCCUGUGACUGAAGGCUCGAAGGCCCACUGUCCUUUAGCGCUUCCAAAACUAGUGAUGAUGAACCACAGGAGAGGGGUGGAAAGCGAGAAAGUAGAGAAUGGCGCGAGCUCUCCGAUCGGUGCAGGUCCACCAAAGAUUAUCAACGAGGGGAGUAGAAGAAUAAGCAGCAGUCAAAGAGAUUGUCUUCCACGUGAAGAGCUACUCUCUCUAUUACUGGACAUUGUCAACGAAUUCCGUUAUUUCUUCUUUUCCAGUGGGCUUUUCCUAACAAAACCAAAAGAUGUGCUUCCUCUUACAUAGCGCCUGUGAUCAGUUGUGCACCACUCUCAAAAAUAUCAAAUCGGAAAUAUUAUGGUGCUUACAAAUACGAAGAUGAAGAUGAAGAAGAUUCCGGCACUGAAGUAAAAUCAUCAAUAAAAUUAAUUGUUUGCUACGAAGGGCUAUCCACGAAAAACCAACACAGUCAUUGGCAGGUGGUGAAAAACCCCAGCGAUAGAAUAAUUAAUAGCGACAGUGAGAGACGAUCCAGUACAGGUGGCACAGACGCGUUUUAACGAGAACAUUCUUUCAUAUGAGCGUACACACGGAAAAU